AAUGUUGAACCUGGAACAACAUUUUCAUGGUCUGGGAACAACACCGACACUAGGAUAUCAGAUCAUCCGCUCAGAACAGAGGGACUUCCACGAGUUUCUCUGAAUCGACAACAAUGAAACACCUCGCUGCACUUAUCCUGAUCGUCACCACAUCGCUGACCGUGCCCACACUCACUAAAGUGAUCGUGGAAGAAGGGAGCGCUGCCGUUCUGCCCUGUGCUCUCAGCAGCAAACAGGACAUCACUAAUGUCCUGUUUGACUGGAAGAAGGGUCAUCAGGAGGUGUUUAUGUAUGAUGCUGGUGUCCAUUACAAUAAUGGACGACCAGGCCAAGAUGGGCAGUUCAAAGGUCGGGUCUCUCACCUGGAAGAAGAACUGAAACACGGUAACGCCUCCAUAAGGAUCAACAACACCAGGGUGUCUGACAGUGGGAACUACACGUGUCUUUUUCCACGGCUCAACCCCCCGAGAACGUUCAGCGUGCAGCUCAUUGUCAGUCCCUCCUACAUGGACAGAUUAGCUGAAAACAUUCUUGGCGCGUCUAUGACACCAUAUACUGCCAUACUUAAUGUCACAGAGGACGGGGUGACGCUGAGAUGUGAGGUUCCAGGCGUUUUUCCCAAACCAAAGUUGGAGUGGGAGGACAGCAAUGGAAACGUUCUCCCUGCCGAGGAGCCACAGGUCUCUGAAAAGCGAGGACGCUACUACGUCUCCCUGAGAUCCACCGUUAGCAGGACAACAACUAACCUGUUUGUUUGCGUAGCCAGGCAGGAGGACAUCCACCACCAGACUAAAGCAGAGAUCUAUGUGCCCGAGAAAAUAUUUGAGGAAUGCAAAGUGUCAGAUCAGAUCAGUGUUCAUGGCUGGAGUGUUGUGCUUGGAAUUCUGAUUGGAGCUGUGGGAACGUUACUCAUGAUCGGCGCCAUCGGAACAUGUCAGAGAGAUCGCUGUGGACCGUACACCACAGUUCUGAGUCCCAGUACCUGUAGCAAGUGUGGAGAAACCGUGGACCAGAGCGGCCCCAACAGCCGUGACGCACCAACACCUGGGCCAGCUGUGCAAACAACACAUUUGAGUGAUACUCAAAGGUCAACUGAAAGGGGUCCUACAGACUCAUUCCAACGUGAACCUCAAACUGCAGAGCCCGUAAGUUUGAGCCAGUGUGGAGAAACAUCGGGCAAAGGUGGCACCAACGAGACAAACACAAACAUCACUCAGAAGUCGGCUGGGAAACUAAAACAUCUGACAACUCAAGAAAAGCCAGGAGCAGAACGUGCCAAGGAAAUAGGAUCCAAUGGAGAGAUAAAGUUAGACGUAGAGCGGGACAACAGGGACUGAUGGAGAUGUGAACCACUGUCUUACAUUCAGUCUGUGCAAAAGUCAUGAGCCAGCACUCAUAUUUGAUGUAAAAUUAGUACAGGAAUUAUUUAGAACAUAAAUUAUAUUUUUUUGGGAAUCACCAGAAAAAAUACCAAGCAGUGGUUAGCACUGUUGCCUCACAGCAGGAAGGUUCCUGGGUUUGAAUCCAUCAUGUGGUCUACGCAGGUUCUUUUGUGCCCUUUCCUCACAGUAUUUUAAAUAUUUGGGAGUGAUAAUACAUAAGGAUCUCUCAGAACUAUUAGAAAGAAAUUAUUCACCAAUACAAAAGAAAAUCGAGGAAGAUACAGCGAGAUGGAAUUUAAUCUAAUCUAAGUUUACAUUUGAGAAUAGAUUGGAAUAAAAUGAAUAUACUACCCAAAUUAUUAUAUUUAUUUCAAACAGUGCCAAUAGAAAUAAGCCAGGAACAAUUUAAUCAAUGGGACAAAAUGUUGUCAGACACAUAUGACAAAGUAAAAGGCUCCAAAUUAGAUAUAAAACCUUAAAGUUGGCUAAAAUAAGGGGGGGGGGCUUCCUUCUCUCUAGGAUUAUUAUUGGACAGCACAAUGAAGGCGGAUGACAUGUUGGUGUAAUCCUUCAUACGAUGCUCAGUGGAGGGUCUGACCUCCAUCCACAUACAAGCUGUUAUAGCAGACAGUAGCCUGCAAGAUGUUAUAGACACUAUUGAAAAUACACAGUUAUUACAGACAGUCGUAUGCUGGCAUUAGGCAGUUUCACCUCUGAUAAACGGCAUCAUCUGUAAGUAAUAUUGUUUGUUAUCACUGGGAUG